ACGCGCACGUUCCAAGGCGCGCGCAUGCGCAGUGCCACCCAAGCCGCCAACUAAGGGGCCAACAUGGAGAGAAAAGUUCUGGCACUUCAGGCGAGGAAGAAAAGGGUCAAAGCCAAGAAGUCGACCAAAAAGCCAGCACAUCCUCCACGCGGGGCAUCUCAACAGGAUCCCCCUACAGAGACCCAGAUAAAAGAGCCCGACGAGGAGAUCCUCGGCUCUGAUGAUGAGGAGCAAGAAGAUCCUAAUGACUACUGUAAAGGAGGCUAUCACCAUGUCAAAAUAGGGGACCUGUUUAAUGGUAAAUACCACGUGAUCCGUAAACUGGGAUGGGGGCAUUUCUCCACUGUGUGGCUGGCCUGGGACAUCCAAGGGAAGCGGUUUGUUGCGAUGAAGGUGGUAAAGAGUGCAGAACAUUACACUGAAACAGCUCUGGAUGAAAUAAAGCUGCUGAGAUCUGUCAGAAAUACAGGCCCUGAUGAUCCGAACAGAGAGAUGGUUGUGCAGAUGCUGGAUGACUUUAAGAUCUCAGGGGUCAAUGGAACUCAUGUUUGCAUGGUGUUCGAGGUGUUGGGUCACCAUUUGCUUAAAUGGAUUAUUAAGUCUAACUACCAAGGCUUACCUCUGCCCUGUGUCAAGAGCAUCAUUCGCCAGGUUCUGCAAGGUCUGGAUUACCUGCACACCAAGUGUCAAAUCAUCCACACAGACAUUAAGCCAGAGAACAUUCUCAUGAGCGUUGAGGAGCUGUAUAUCAGGCGACUGGCUGCAGAGGCCACUGAAUGGCAGAAAGCAGGUGCUCCCCCUCCCUCUGGGUCAGCAGUGAGCACUGCCCCAGCACCUAAACAGCUGCCAAAAAUGUCAAAAAACAAGAAAAAGAAGCUAAAAAAGAAGCAGAAGCGUCAGGCUGAGCUACUGGAGAAAUGCAUUAUGGACUUAGAAGAGAUGGAGGUCGCACCUGAAGGUGAAGAGGAAGAUGACCCUGAAUCCCUUAAAUCCCCCUCCUGCCACCCACUCAGAGAGGCAUCACUGCAGGACAUCACUGCUGAAGACAUAAUCACGGACACCAGAGAGAGACUAACCUCAGAUGAUUCAGUGGAGCUCAACUGUAAUGGAUUUACCUGUAAACAAGACACCCAACUGCACACAAGACACCCCACAGACGCAGAGGACGCAGCUCUGAGCAUGUAUGAGUACUGUAACGGGGCGGAGUCCCCAGAACUGGACCAGGCCGGCUACAGUAACGGCACCUCGGGCCAAGAGCAGUUGGAGGAGGAAGAGCUGCACCCCGGGGAGCAAGAACAGCAGAAGUCUAGAACCAGAGCCAGGGAACAGAACAAGGAGAAGCUGAAGAACGACAAGUUGUCCUCUGGAAGCCUAUUGGUCAAUCCAUUAGAUCCCCUCAAUGCUGACAAGAUUAACGUCAAGAUUGCAGACCUGGGCAACGCCUGCUGGGUGCACAAGCACUUUACAGAAGACAUACAGACCCGACAGUACCGCUCUCUGGAGGUGCUGCUGGGCUCAGGAUACAGCACACCUGCCGAUAUAUGGAGCACAGCCUGCAUGGCGUUUGAGUUGGCCACUGGUGACUAUUUGUUUGAGCCUCACUCUGGUGAAGAUUACUCCAGAGAUGAAGACCACCUUGCUUUGAUUAUUGAGCUUUUGGGGCAGAUUCCUUGUCACUUUGCUCUGAGCGGGAAAUUCUCACAGGAAUACUUCAGCUGGCAAGGUGACCUGAAGCACAUUACUAAAUUGAAGCCGUGGGGUUUGCUGGAGGUACUGAUGGAUAAAUACGAGUGGCCUCAGGAAGAGGCUGAGACCUUCACCGAUUUCUUACUUCCAAUGCUAGAUCUCCUGCCAGAGAAAAGAGCCACGGCUGCUGAAUGUUUGCGACACCCUUGGCUCGCCCUCUAGUGGCUUCUCGACGUCACUGCACAUACUUCAGGCUAUCUCUCCGUAAACUCAAGAGACUGCAACAGAUCACUUUCCAAUUUUUAUGGUAUAUCAGAGUAGUUAUUUUUAUGUUCAUCUGAGUGUUUUCGUACGCUUGGCUCACCUGAAUAAUCUGUCCGUUUUGUUCUUAAUGUCGCUUUUUCAGAGUUGAGAGGUGCCGUCUGUGAUCUUUACACUGUCCCUCUUAUUUUGGCAAAAGAUGAAACCCAUUUAGAUAAUUUUUCUAAAACAUUAAGAGGAAAACUUCCAAGUUAUGUGCAAUGCAAACCUGAGAUAAAGUCGGACUCCAGUGCAAUGCACAAGAAAUUGUAACUGAGGCGGGAAGGAAUGUGGGGUAUGAAAAGGGAAUUGGUAGGUUACGUUAUGACUGUAGAGUAUAAUUUAAGAUUCUGUUUUGCAUCGAUUCUCUACACCUCUGUGUUUUCGUUCUCUUUUUCGAAACUAUACAAGUGUCUCUUUGUGUGUGUGUGUGUGUGUGCGUGUGUGUGUGUGUGUGUGUGUGUGUGUGUGUGUGUGUGUGUGUGUGUGUGUGCGUGUGUGUGCGUGUGCGUGUGUGCGUUAGUUAAGUAGGUUUUGAUCUUGUCUGUCGCAGAUUCGAUUUUAAAGUCUUCUCACUUAUGGGUCAGUACGUAAAUGUGUACAAGAAGCUUCUACUCAGUGAGCAACCGUUAAAGGCCACCAAAAUGGGAUUUUUGCAGGAAAAACAAAACAAAACGAUAGUAUGAGUGCGUUUGUUUGUGUAUUUGCUUGUGUGCGCGCAUGUGCAUGUGAGUGUGUCUGUAUAUAUGUGUACCAAAGAGUUUGCCUUGAUCUGUAUAUUACAGCCAUGUACAGUUUUUAAAAGAAAUCCUACUAUUGCAUCUAUGCUAAGAUUAUUUAGCUGGAUAGAAGUGUUUUAAUAAAGCAUUUGGAAGAUG